UCAGCUCGUGCAUCCCCUCCAUUUAUCAGUGGCUCUCUCUCUCCCUCUUCGUUGCUUGUUCAUUGCUCAUUGAUCAGCGCGGCUCACGGGAACGCGCGGUCUCUUCUGCCUUCUACUAUUCGGACUUCAACUUCGUGUUGACAGUCAGUAUCUCGAUCAGUGCGGCUUACUGGUACGCAGAGCGAUCUCGAGUUCACUGCAGAAAUGACUCACGUCAUCAAGGUCGAAUUUGAAGGAAUUCUUCGUCGGUUACCCUACAACAUUCAGGAAACCGAAGAUUUAUCAUUCGCCAAAUUGGAAGCAAGAGUUCGGGAAGUUUUCAAGCUUCCAAGUGAUGCUCAGCUGAAGAUGACCUACAACGACAAAGAAGACGACGUUGUGACCUUGACGAACGACCAUGAAUUGCAGGACGCUUGUGUCACACAGGAGCUCAAUCCUCUCCGUCUUCAAGUGGUCAUUGUAGCCCCCAACAUGACUGCAAGCGAACCACCCGCAGCUGGAAGUGGGCUGGCAGAUAGUAUUUUUGCUCAGACGCCAGAAUCUGCGACAAAGCCUACAAUCUCUGAGGACGGUGUAAGGAGAAUUGUAGACUGCUAUGCUCAACUUCUCGAGGGAUUCUGUCCCCCGGGACAGAUUUCUGAUCUGCUAGAUGUGAUUGUGAAAAGGGUGGGUGCUCAGCUUUCAAAUGUGACCGUGCAAUCGAAUGAAACUGCCACUCCAUCAGCAGAACGAAGUGGAUUGACUCCACAAGAUUGGCUGAGGAGUCUCCCGACGUCCAAAGUUUCUUCUGAGGCUAAACAGCAGUAUGAGGCCAGAGUUGGAAGUGGUGCAGCGACUGUUGCAGCUUUGGCGGAGUCCACCAACAAAGUUAUCCACAGAGGUGUAACUUGCGAUAGUUGUCACAUGACUCCGAUCAAAGGGAUUCGGUUCAAAGCAAUCAAGAAAUAUAAUUACGAUCUUUGUGGUAGUUGCUUCGACAAGUCGGGAAAUCCAGACGAGUACAAUCGCAUCGAACAGCCGUUAUCACGACCUAAAUGGGCAGGCCCUCCUGUGAGAAUGGGCGACAUCGAUACCUACAAGGUGCACCUGACUCAUCCAACUGUAAGCGGACUUACUGAUUCAAGGUUAUCAUCUAAAGUUAUCCUGGUACCUUGUAAUCGUCGUCGGACGUUCUCUAGAAGCUGUUGAUAUCGGAAUGAACAGCUUCAACUUGCAGAGAGAUCUCAGAUCUCAGGUUUUGCAAUCUGAGAGAGGAGGUCAAUGCUCGUCUCUGAGUACUCAAAAUGCUCGGGCUGGAUUUGUGUCUCCUGUAAGAAAGAUGCGUAGCUAUUGUCUUGAAAACUUAGUUACUCUCUUCUGUGAAAUGAUGUGAAAUAAAUGCUUGGCGCAUAUUCUGAGUCAUCUACCUUGUACGAAAAUUGUUUAUGCUGCUCAUGUCCGUCA